UAAAUACCCCACAUUCAUCCCCUCUCAUCCAAACCCUCUGUUCAAUUCAUCAGUAGGGUUUACACUUCACACAGACAAACCCCCCUGUUUCAUUCACCACCAUUAUACAAAUCUAUACAAAAUGGACCCAUACGCCUUGCAUCUAGCUAUGGCGGCACUCGUCGGAGCCUCAUUUGUGGCCGUAUCGGCGUACUACAUGCACCGGAAAACCCUAGAUCAGUUGCUCGAGUUUGCAAAACUCGUUGAGAAGGAGCGAGAUGACGAAUCAAACACUCUGCAUUAUAAUAAUAUUGAAAAGAACCGGAAGAAGAUAGCGAAUGAUCGUUAUCGCCGGUCUGCGAAUUCGUUGCCUGACGUCACGGCGGUUCAUGGUGAUGAUGUUAUUCCGUCUGGCUUGCCUAGACUCCGUACGCUCCCUGAAGAGAAAGCUGAGAGUGGAGCAAGUAAAAGAACAGGGCAUCUACAUAGACCACCAUCUCCAAAGUCUCCAAUUGCAAGCGCGAGUGCUCUUGAAAGUGGAGAAGGAUCUGAAGAAGACGCUGACGUGGCGGAGAAAGCUAAUCUAGAUACAACGUACUUUCACACCAAUGGAAAUGAUGGGUGCACAGACAUGAAUUUGUCGGAACAGGUUAUUCCGAAUGGUGAGCAGUUACCGAUAGCUGCGUCUAGUAUGAUCCGGUCACAUAGUGUUUCUGGUGACCUGCAUGGUGUUCAACCCGAUCCUGUUGCUGCUGAUAUUCUUCGAAAAGAACCGGAGCACGAAACUUUUGUACGCCUGAAAAUUUCUCCAUCUGAGACACCAUCUGCCGAUGAAGCCGAGGUUUACAGAGCGUUACAAGUUUGUCUUGAAAUGCGAAAAAGCUACGUGUUUAGAGAAAGCAUUGCGCCGUGGGAGAAAGAAGUUAUAUCGGAUCCUAGUACUCCAAAACGUAACCCUAAUCCUUUUGAGUACACCCCUGAGACGAAAUCCAAUCAUUAUUUUCAAAUGGAAGAUGGAGUGGUUCAUGUUUAUGCACACAAAGAUUCAAAAGAGAAACUUUUUCCAGUUGCUGAUGCAACAACGUUUUUUACGGACCUGCAUCACAUUCUUAAGAUAAUAGCUGCUGGAAAUACUAGAACCGUAUGUCAUCAUCGGCUUGGUCUCCUGGAACAGAAAUUCAACCUCCAUUUGAUGCUAAACGCUGACAAAGAGUUCCUAGCUCAGAAAAGCGCACCGCACCGUGACUUUUAUAAUGUCCGUAAAGUCGACACUCAUGUUCAUCACUCUGCAUGCAUGAAUCAGAAGCAUCUUUUAAGGUUCAUAAAGUCCAAGUUAAGAAAAGAACCUGAUGAGGUUGUAAUAUUUCGUGAUGGUACAUAUCUGACGUUGAAAGAGGUUUUUGAGAGCUUGGAUCUAACAGGGUAUGACCUGAAUGUUGACUUAUUAGAUGUGCAUGCAGAUAAGAGCACUUUUCAUCGUUUCGAUAAAUUUAAUCUGAAAUACAACCCCUGUGGCCAGAGUAGGCUGCGAGAGAUUUUCUUAAAACAAGAUAAUCUGAUUCAGGGUCGUUUUCUUGCUGAACUGACAAAACAAGUGUUUGCCGAUCUUGAUGCGAGUAAAUAUCAAAUGGCUGAAUACAGAAUAUCUAUAUAUGGAAGAAAGCAAAGCGAGUGGGACAAUUUGGCGAGCUGGAUCGUGAACAACGAAUUGUACAGUGAUAAUGUCGUCUGGUUGAUUCAGCUGCCCCGACUAUACAACAUAUACAAGGAAAUGGGUAUAGUGACAUCUUUUCAGACCAUUCUGGAUAACGUCUUUUUACCUCUUUUCGAGGUUACUGUAGACCCAGAAUCGCAUCCUCAGUUGCAUGUUUUCUUAAAGCAGGUGGUGGGUUUGGAUUUGGUGGAUGAUGAAAGCAAGCCAGAAAGGCGGCCUACGAAGCACAUGCCGACACCUGCCCAAUGGACAAAUAUAUUCAAUCCCGCUUUCUCGUACUAUGUCUAUUAUUGUUAUGCAAAUCUCUAUACCCUAAAUAAGCUUCGUGAAUCAAAGGGCAUGACAACCAUUAGAUUCCGUCCUCAUUGUGGGGAGGCAGGAGACAUUGACCAUCUAGCUGCCUCAUUUCUUACUACUCAUAAUAUUGCACAUGGAAUUAAUCUCAGAAAAUCUCCAGUUCUACAGUAUCUUUACUACCUUGCCCAGAUUGGUCUUGCAAUGUCUCCGUUAAGCAACAACUCGUUAUUUUUGGAUUACCAUCGCAACCCUUUUCCGUUGUUCUUUCUACGAGGCCUUAAUGUUUCAUUAUCUACUGAUGAUCCGUUGCAAAUCCACCUAACAAAGGAACCGUUGGUGGAAGAAUACAGUAUUGCUGCUUCUGUUUGGAAAUUGAGUUCAUGUGAUCUUUGUGAGAUUGCCCGUAAUUCGGUAUAUCAAUCAGGUUUCUCACACGUUUUGAAGUCUCACUGGAUUGGCCCACAAUACUUCAAGAGAGGACCGGAUGGAAAUGAUAUUCACAAGACGAAUGUGCCUCAUAUCCGACUCGAGUUCAGAGAUAUGAUCUGGAAAGAGGAGAUGCAACAGGUGUAUUUGGGCCAGGCCCGUUUCCCUGAAUACAUUGAGACCUAGCUUUAUUCAUGCAAACUCCCAGUCAUGGUAUAAUCUCCUCACUUGGAGGUGUUGAUGAAGUGAAAGGAGGGAGGGGGCUGAGGUUUCACUUAAGGGCUAAGUGAGCGUAUUCAUAUUCUACAACUGAGUUUCCUAGAUAGAGAGGAGAGGUGAUUCGGUUGAAACUAGCACAGAUGAUAGUGAGUGAAAUAAAGCAAGCUGCAAGAUAGUUGGUUGAGGAAUAAGUAUUUUGUUUCAAGUUUUGACAUAGUUGGUUCAUUGCGUUGUUACUUUCGUCUGUAGUUAUGAGUAAACAUUCGCAUUUUAUAAACUUAUGGUUUAUAAAACAAGUGGACGGAAUGACGUAUGCUACAUUUUUGUCGCUAUAGACCUCGUCACUCCUAAGCCAUAGCGGAUGCCCUAAGAUUUACUUAUACUUAUGGGUUUUAUUUUAAACAGAUCAACGGUCGAAAGAAGAAAGGUUAAAAGCAG